AUGGUCUAUGGUGCGGUACCAUUUAAUCCAUAUGCUCAUCUAUCAUGCCCUUCCGGUACCACAAAUACUGCACCAACUUUUGGCUAUUCUCCCAUACAUCCAAUGGCACCAAUGGGAAUGUUUACCAACAGCUAUUCAAAUGGAAUGAUUCCACGUAAAAAUCGAAGAGAACGAACAACUUUUAACAGACAGCAACUUGAAAUUCUGGAAAAUUUGUUUGCUACAACACAUUAUCCGGAUGUAUUUACCAGAGAGAAAAUUGCUGAGCAAAUACAAUUGCAGGAAAGUCGAAUUCAGGUAUGGUUUAAAAAUCGCCGUGCUAAACAACGACAACAGGAAAGACAAAAACCAAAAGGAUCACAAGCAAUUACCGAUGCUAACUCAGCUUCAUAUGGUGCUACGAAUACUGCUGGCUUGACUGCUAUUCAUCCAGAUUCCAUGAGUAACCCAAUGAAGGAAGUUUCAAAUGGAGCAAAAGAAUCUACAGUAUCACCAAAAUCUCUGGGACAAUUUGCCAGUGAACCUGAAACCAACUCAAAAAAUUCCAAAAAUUUAUCCGGUAAUUUAAGAAAUUCAAUGAAAGCAGAAAAGGCGGAAGAUAGAGAACAAGCUUCAUGCUCCACCAAUCGUUCAUUAUCGAGAAGUUCUGAGGUGACCGAAAGCUUAUG